CGUCUGGCGCGCUGGCUCCCUGGGAGGAAUGACACGCGGUUUUGAAUAAGCAGCUGCUGCAGCAGGUCUAGUAGAUACUGGAGAGCUCUGAGAAGUCAAACAAGCAAAGUUCAAGGCAGAAGGAAUCAUCAUUCUGAGAAACUGCUUGCCUUACCGGGAUGCAAGUUUCUUCUGCGUGAUCGAAUCAGGAGACAUGGCCAAGCGCACCUUUUCCACACUGGAGAUAUUCCUCAUUUUUGUCCUUGUGAUGAUGACUGCGAUCACGGUGGCUCUUCUCAGCCUCUUGUUUAUCACCAGUGGGACCAUUGAAAAUCAUAAAGAUUCAGGAUUCCCAGCCACCCAGAACCCUUCCACCACUGUGAGUUCCACAGCCCCCACAACCACUCAUGGUUCAGUCCACCCCACCAGCACUGAGACUUCAAAGACCACCACCACCCCAGAGCCUCCUCUGUUUCAGAACUUCAGUGGCUACCAUAUUGGUGUAGGGCGAGCUGACUGCACAGGACAGGUGUCUGAAAUCAAUUUGAUGGGUUACAGCAAAUCUGGUCAGAAAGCUCGAGGUCUCCUCACCAGACUGUAUAGUCGUGCUUUCAUCAUGGCAGAACCUGAUGGGUCAAAUCGAACUGUGUUUGUCAGCAUUGAUAUAGGCAUGGUUUCCCAACGACUCAGGCUGGAGGUCUUGAAUAGACUGAAGAGUAAAUAUGGCAACCUGUAUAGAAGAGACAAUGUCAUCCUGAGUGGCACUCACACACACUCUGGUCCUGCGGGGUAUUUCCAGUAUACCAUCUUUGUAAUUGCCAGUGAAGGAUACAGCAAUCGAACUUCUGAGUUCAUGGUCUCUGGCAUUGUGAAGAGCAUUGAGAUAGCACACAGAAACCUGCAACCAGGCAAAAUCUUUAUCAAUAAAGGAAUUGUGAAUGGGACUCAGAUCAAUCGAAGCCCUACUUCUUACCUGCAGAAUCCAGAGUCAGAGAGAUCAAGAUAUUCUUCAGAUGUAGACAAGGAAAUGGUGGUCUUGAAAAUGGUAGAUCUGAGUGGAAAUGACCUGGGUAUUUUAAGCUGGUUUGCCAUCCACCCAGUCAGCAUGAACAAUACCAACCAUCUGGUGAAUAGUGACAAUGUGGGCUAUGCAGCUUAUCUUCUUGAGCAAGAUAAAAACAAAGGAUAUCUACCUGGAGAGGGACCUUAUGUAGCAGCAUUUGCAUCAUCAAAUCUAGGAGAUGUAUCUCCUAAUAUUCUCGGACCCCAUUGUAUCAAUACAGGAGAUUCUUGUGACAAUGCCAAUAGUUCUUGUCCUAUCGGUGGGCCUAACAUGUGCAUGUCCCAGGGACCUGGGGAGAAUAUGCUUGACAGCACACAAAUCAUAGGGCGGAUCUUAUAUCAGAGAGCAAAGGAACUGUCUGCCUCUGCCACCCAGGAGGUGACUGGAUCCCUGGCUUCAGCCCAUCAGUGGGUGAACAUGACGGAUGUCACUGUCUGGCUCAACAGCUCAUACAGUGUAAAAACAUGUAAACCAGCAUUGGGCUACAGUUUUGCAGCUGGCACAAUCGACGGAGUUGGAGGCCUUAAUAUUUCACAGGGGACACUGGAAGGGAUUCCGUUUUGGGACACUAUUCGAGAUCAAAUACUGGGCAAACCAUCGGUAGAAAUCACAGAAUGCCAUAAACCAAAACCAAUCCUUCUUCAUACUGGAGAGUUGUCAAGACCUCAUCCCUGGCAUCCAGAGAUUGUUGAUGUUCAGAUUAUUACUCUUGGGUCUCUGGCCAUUGCUGCCAUUCCUGGGGAGCUUACGACCAUGUCUGGACGAAGACUUAGGGAGGCAGUUCAAGAAGAAUUUGCAUCUAAUGGAAGGCAGAAUAUGACCGUUGUUAUUUCUGGUCUAUGCAACGUCUAUACACAUUAUGUUGCCACCUAUGAAGAAUACCAGGUUCAGCGGUAUGAGGCAGCAUCUACCAUUUAUGGACCACAUACUCUAUCUGCUUACAUCCAGCAAUUCAGAAUCCUUGCCAAGGCCAUUGCUACGGACACAGUAGCUGACUUGAGCAGUGGUCCAGAGCCUCCAUUUUUCAAGCAACUGAUAACCCCAUUAGUUCCUAAUGUUAAUGACAAUGCACCAAUAGGCAAAAAUUUUGGGGAUGUCCUGCAGUCAACAAAAUCUCAAUAUAGAGUGGGAGAAAUUGCUGAAGUUACCUUUGUAGGUGCCAACCCAAAGAAUUCUGCAGAAAAUCGAACCUAUGACACCUUCCUCACUGUGGAGAGAUAUGAGGCCCCUUCAGCAGCCUGGCAGGUAGUGCAUAAUGAUGCCUCGUGGGAAACUCGUUUCUAUUGGCACAAGGGACUCGCAGGUCAUAGCAAUGCAACAAUACAGUGGCAUAUUCCAGACGCUGCCCAGACUGGAACAUACCGAAUACGAUACUUUGGACACUCUCGGAAACAGGGAUUUCUCAAGCCGACAUUGCUUCCAUUUGAAGGCACUUCUUCCAGUUUCGAAGUUGUUUGAUGUGAUGAAAAGUUGAACAAUCAU